AGCGGGCACGCGCCCAUUAAAGCCCUCAUCGCGACUGUCUCUCGUCUCACAGGCUUGUAAAGUCCUCUCAGCACAGAAGCGUCGCGAGUGUGUGGAUACAUGGAUCUGUGUGUGAUUGUGCUGUUGUUGUCUCUAUGCGGGCUUCUGCGGGGCCAAGAUCCCAUCUCGCUGGACGACUGCUGUAAGGAUGGCAAGGACAGAGGUCAAGAGUCUCAGGACUGCACGAGUCUGCCGCUCAUCUCUGAAUCCACAACCUGCAGGAUAGCUCAGGAACAGUGUUGUGCGACGGUUCUUGACGACAACAUCUGCACCAUCGGGAUCAACAUGGCGAAGGACCAGGGAAGCUGCGACAGCCUCUUGUCCACCAGCACAUGUGAAACCAAGACGUCCAAGAUGUGCUGCGAGUGCUGUUUGCUCGGCCGGGCGGCUCAGGAGCGAGGCCUGUCAUGUGACCUGACGUUCGCUGUGGGGUACCAGUGCGGUGUGGUGUCCCGGGCCUGCUGUGUGGACCGCCUGCCAAACACACACGCGAAACCCACGCCGGAUGCACAACCCGAUGCAUCAAACACUGACGACCGAUGCAAAGAUGCGGGCUGUGUGAACGGGCUUUGUGUGAACGGCACUUGUGUGUGUUUGGCGGGAUACAAGCUGAAGGCGGAUAGAAAAACCUGUGAAGACAUCAACGAGUGUUUGUUGGGCGCUCACCAGUGCCGUCCGGGCGAACGCUGCAUCAACACACUCGGCUCGUACCGGUGUCAGAGAGAGGUCAGCUGCGGGACGGGCUACGAGCUCACCGACUCCAACCAGUGCGAAGACAUUGAUGAGUGUGAGACGGGCACUCACAACUGCGGAGCCGAGAUGCUGUGCCAGAACUCAGUCGGGUCUUUCCGCUGCCGGCCCAGAAUGCAGUGCGGCGAGGGGUUCAUUCAGGACGCUCUCGGCAGCUGCAUCGAUAUAAACGAGUGUCUGAGUGUGACGGGCCCGUGUCCGGCGGGUCACAUGUGCUUUAACACCGUCGGCUCCUUCACCUGCCAGAGACAGUCUGUGAACUGUGGUCGCGGAUACCAUCUGAACGCACAGGGAACUCGCUGCGUCGAUAUCGACGAGUGUGCGGGUCCUGAUAACUCCUGUGACGGUCAUGGCUGUAUUAAUCUGUUGGGCUCGUACCGAUGCGAGUGCAGGUCCGGCUUCGUCUUCAAUAGCAUUACCAGAUCCUGUGAAGACAUCAACGAAUGCAGGAACUAUCCGGGCCGACUCUGUGCACACAAGUGUGAAAACAUCCUGGGCUCCUACAAGUGCAGCUGCACCACCGGCUUCAAGCUGGCCAGCGACGCCAGGAACUGCGAUGACCUCGAUGAGUGCGAGAGCGCCCCCUGCAGUCAGGAGUGCGCCAAUGUUUACGGGUCCUAUCAGUGUUACUGUCGCCGUGGUUACCAGCUGAGUGAUGUGGACGGGAUCACCUGUGAAGACAUCGACGAGUGUGCGCUGCCCACCGGGGGACACAUCUGCUCUUACCGAUGCUACAACACACCAGGAAGCUUUCACUGCACGUGUCCCGCCACCGGAUACACACUCGCUCCCAACGGACGCAGCUGCCAGGAUAUCGAUGAGUGUGUGACCGGGACUCACGCCUGCACAGAAUCCCAGAGCUGCUUCAACAUCCAGGGUGGAUAUAAAUGCCUGAGCUUCGACUGUCCGGCAAACUACAGGCGCUCGGGAGACACUCGCUGUGAGCGCUUGCCUUGUAAUCUGACUAGCGAGUGCCUGGCCUUGCCUGUGAGAAUUACCUACUACCACCUGACAUUCCCCACCAAAAUCCCCAUUCCCACCAACAUCUUCCGCAUGGGCCCGUCCAACUCGGCGCUCGGGGACGACAUCGAGGUGGCCAUCGUGGACGGGAACCAGGGAGGCUUCUUCUCGGCCAAACGCGUGGAUCACGGGGGCGUGUUGGUGGUUCAGAAACCCAUCACGCUUCCUCAGGACUUUGAAAUCUCUCUGGAGAUGAAACUGAGGCGAUUCGGACACCUUAGCGUUUACCUCUUCAAGAUACGCUUGUUUGUAACCCCCGACGAGCCGAGCAACGCCAUCACUGAAUGAAACCAGUGUUUUAUUAGCGCAGAGCUUCAUUAAAGGUGCAGUGUGUAAUAUUUAGGAGGAUCUGUUGACAGAAAUGCAAUAUCAUAUACAUAAAGUGGUGUAUAAAGAGCUUACUUAAUGAAGCGGUAUGUGUUUAUUAGCUUAGAAUGAGUCGUUUCUCUCUACAUACACCGCAGGUCCCUUAUUGACAUGUUUCUACGGUGGCCCUGAAAGGACAAAGGCAUUUCGUCUCUAUGUUGUUCUUCAUGUAAAGUAGCUAUAGCUAAAGUCGGCCAAUAAAACAUUGACACAAUGAUGAACAAACUUACAAUAAUAUUCCAAAUAACAUUGUUUUACUGAAUUAUCAAGUAAACCAAAUUUCUUAUACUUUAUCUUUGUUGUUUAACUGGCUACUCUGUGCUUCACUUCCUGUCGGCCACUGUAACUUCUGUUGGGUUCAAUUCACAACCUCACCACUAGAUGCCGCUAAAUAUUACACACUGCACCUUUAAAGUAGACGCUCCGAUGCGCCUCUGGUAUCUUGUCUAAUGUUGCCUUCAAGUCCUUCUGGAAAACCUCCCCUAUUUUAAUUACAAUGUGAUUAAGUGUUUUUAAUUAAAAUAUUAUAGUAUAUAAAUAAUAUUAAGAUAACACUGAUACUGAUUUGCCUUCACUUCGAAUUGACCAUUCGCUAAGCUCCGUCCCCACUUGGUUACUGUUGCUAACUCAGACAUGCUUUGCAGAACAUUCAAAAACAAUAAACUGGAGAGUUACGUGAUGAAUACAUCAUAAAAAGAGCUGAACAUUACAUUGCAUAACAUAUGUGCGCAUAAAAUGGUAAAAAAUGCACAAAAAAUAUUUUCAGUGAGGAAAAUAUGCACAUAACAUGCUAGAAAAAUUGCAAUGAAUUAAAACUAUUAAUUUGCAGUAAAAUAUGUACAUAAAAGGGUUAAAAAUGUCACCAAUUAAAAACGUAUUUGCAGUCAAAUAUGCACAUAAACUGGUAAAUAGUUCACAAAUUAAAAUGUAUUUGAAGUAAAAUAUGCACAAACUGGUGAAAAAUAACAAUAAAUUUUUUUUUUAAAUGUGCUUAUGCACAUAAAGUGGUAAAAUAAAAUGCAUUUGCAGUAAAAUAAGCACAUAAAGUGGUAACAAAUCACAAUUUUUUUUAUAUAUAAAAAUAUGCACAUAAAUGGUAAAAAUGAUUACUGAAAUGAAGUGACAUAUUAUGACAGUCAAGAAUACAUGUGCUGUGUUACAGUGCAGCAUAUAAUCAGUUAAAAAGGCUUGUCUGGUAAUAUGCUGCACAGUAACAGGUAAGGUUUGUUCAUUACGUUUAGGUAAAGGACACUUUGUUGUGGCGUUCACAAGCACUCAGAAAUAUGAUCAACAACCCAUGAAGACUCGAAGGCAACAUUAUACUGCAGAAAGCAAAGUUCCUCGGGUGUCUAAUGGGAAUAUAUUACCUGACAUUAUGUUCUUCAUGUAUCAAAACUGCUGUUCAUUAUGUACUCUAGUGUAUAUGAAACUACUUUCAAACUGUGAUCAGAUCAAACUGAGACUUGAAUCAAACGCCUGUAUGUUAUAGGCCACUAGAUGGCGCUGUUAGGCAAAGCAAAUCACAACUGGUGUCAAAAUCAUUUUUAUUAUUAUAUUCUAUUAUUUUUAGUCUAUUCUUUUCUAAUAAAAUUGAACGUACUUUAGGA